AUGACCCUCGACCUCCCAACCACCUUUGACCGCCCCGUCCACAUCGCCGUCAUCGGCGGCACCGGGCUGGGCAAGUUGGAGGGCUAUACGCCCGUGGCAGCCCUGAACCCCGAGACGCCCUGGGGCUACCCAUCCUCCCCAAUCCUGAUCCUCGAACACAACGGGCACCCCGUCGCCUUCUUGGCGCGCCACGGCCUGCACCACCAGCUGGCCCCGCACGAGGUGCCCUCCCGCGCCAACAUCGCCGCGCUGCGCUCCAUCGGCGUGCGCAGCAUCAUCGCCUUCUCGGCCGUCGGCUCCCUGCGCGAAGAAAUCAAGCCGAUGGACUUCGUAGUCCCCGACCAGAUCAUCGACCGCACCAAGGGCGUCAGGCCAUUCACUUUCUUCGAGGGCGGCGUUGUCGGGCACGUCGGUUUCGCCGACCCGUUCGAUGCAGGCCUGGCCAAGGUCGUGCAGAAGUGCGCGGAUGCCAUGCGCGGCGAUGGUGUCAGGCUGCACAUGGGCGGUGUCGUGGUGUGCAUGGAGGGCCCGCAGUUCAGCACGCGCGCUGAGAGUAACCUGUAUCGUAGCUGGGGAGGGUCGGUGAUCAACAUGAGCGCGCUGCCGGAGGCGAAGCUCGCGCGUGAGGCAGAGAUCGCUUACCAGAUGAUUUGCAUGGCGACGGACUAUGACUGCUGGCAUGAGAGCGAGGAUGUUGACGUGGCUAUGGUCAUGAAGUACAUGGCUGCCAACAGCCAGAAUGCCAAGCAUCUCGUCGCUGCCGUGCUGGAUGAGCUGCUCAAGCAGGAGAACAGCGAUUUGGUGCUGGCCAAGCACUGGGAAGGCAGCGCCCAGGGUGCCGUCAAGUUCAUGACUAAGCCUGAGGGCCGUAACCCCGAGGCGAUGAAGAGGAUCGAGUAUCUGUUCCCUGGCUUCUGGAAUGAGUAA